GGCCACGUGGGUAGGGUAAAAUCAGGCCAGAAUAGUUUUAGGGGUAAAUUUUUAGAAGUGGAACGGUCCGUUACAAUUCGUUUGGUAGGUUGUAUCUGUAAGUAAAGUUGUAGGAUUUUGGUGCGCGAACUCAGAUCAUCGUUAACCCGCCAUUGAACUUCUCUCUCUCUUUCUUCCCUCCGGCCAAUGUCGUCUCCCUUCUUCUGCAUUUUCUAUCUCUAAAAUAGAAUGCUGCGGAACCUUCAUACACGGCGUCGCGGUUCCUAUGGCGCCUGCUUUUGCGCCUUCGCCGCCGCUUUGCUGCUUCUAUUUUCAGUCUCCCUUCUGUACACUCGCCUCUCUCGCUCUCAGUCACACACUCACUCUCCUCACAUGUAUCCUAAAUCUCUAGGCAACAUUCUCGUCUCUGAUUCAGAUGAUGAUAGCGACAUUGUUUUGGGAACUACUACCACCGACGAGGACAAGAUCGAUGAGCUCGAUUUUGUGGAUGAGGACCUCCAAUCUAGGGCUUCCGGCGAUGAGGAUUUGGGAGAGGAUGAAGAUCAAUCUGAUCAGGUCAGGGUUUCUGGAUUUUAUUUUGACCAUGUUAGUGGGGCUAUUAGGAAGGUCUUUGAUAACAAACGUUCCAUCGAAGAUUGGUCUGAUGACACUUCUGGUUUUCCUAUCGGAUUAGGUGAAGUGGAUCGCAGUAAAUCUGCGUUUGGCUCUGAUGAUGUACCGGUUGAUGAAGAGGUGAGGAGGAAAGCAAGUGAAAUGACUGGGAUCGAGGACGCGCUUUUGUUGAAGGUGGGUGGAAGAGUUUCGCCCUUGAGAGAUGGGUGGGGAGACUGGUUUGAUAAAAAGGGCGACUUUUUGCGGAGGGAUAGGAUGUUUAAGUCCAACUGGGAAGUCCUCAAUCCACUGAACAAUCCCCUUUUGCAAGAUCCGGAUGGUUUGGGUGUGGCCUCUCUAACUAGAGGUGAUCGAAUUGUUCAGAAGUGGUGGAUCAACGAAUUUAAAAGAGCUCCGUUUCUUGUUAACAAGCCAUUGGGUGUUACACGGAAGGUCUUUAAUACGGAAGUAGAAAAUGGCAGUAUGCAUGCAAGCAUCAAGAAGAGCGGGAGCCUAAGUGGUCAGACUGAUAUAAACUUCAUGGACAAUGGUAAGAAAACUGUAAAUGAGAUUGGGACUUCAGAUGAACGCACUCGGAAUAACCUUUCGAGGAAGAAAGUUAUCAAUUUUGAUGAAGAUUCGAGUUCCCGUUUUAGUGGCUAUAGAACUUCAAUAUCUAGGAGUACUAAGAACGAGAAGAGUGGAGAAAGACGCACAGAAAAAGCUGAUGUAGGGGAUAAGCCGGUACUUACUAAGGGUGCAGGAUUUAAACCAAAGGCUGUGCCUCAUACUUUGACUAGUGUAUAUGCAGAUGGCAAGAGAUGGGGUUAUUAUCCUGGCCUACAUCCGCAUCUGUCAUUUUCUCGUUUUAUGGAUGCAUUCUUCAAGAAAAAUAAGUGCGAAAUGAGAGUUUUUAUGGUUUGGAACUCACCUCCUUGGAUGUUCGGGGUUCGGCAUCAACGUGGGCUAGAGAGUGUGUUCUUGCAUCAUCAAAAUGCAUGUGUUGUUAUUUUCUCGGAGACAAUUGAGCUUGAUUUCUUCAAAGAUAACUUUGUGAAAAAUGGUUACAAAGUUGCGGUUGCUAUGCCAAAUCUUGAUGAAUUACUGAAGGAUACACCAACCCAUAAAUUUGCUUCCAUCUGGUUUGAAUGGAAAAAGACGGAGUUCUAUUCCACUCACUACAGUGAGCUUGUACGUUUGGCUGCUUUAUACAAGUAUGGUGGAAUCUAUCUUGAUUCUGACAUUGUAGUCUUGAAACCUCUAUCCUCGCUUCACAAUUCUGUUGGGAUGGAGGAUCAGCUUGCUGGAAGUUCUUUGAAUGGGGCAGUCAUGGCAUUUAGAAUGCACAGCCCCUUUAUAAUGGAGUGUAUGAAAGAAUACUACUCAACUUAUGAUGAUAGAAGCUUUAGAUGGAAUGGGGCUGAGCUCUUGACAAGAGUUGCAAACAGGUUUUCCAGCGAAGUGCCUGCAGAACAGUUUGAGUUGACUGUGCAGCCAUCUUUUGCAUUUUUUCCCAUUGCUUCACAAAAUAUCACUAGAUACUUUGCUGUACCAGUGGGUGCAACCGAAAAGGCUGAACAUGAGUGCUUACUGAAGAAAAUCUUGGAAGAGUCGGUGACAUUUCAUUUUUGGAACAGCCUGACAUAUUCACUCAUUCCCGAGUCCGAGAGCCUUGUGAGCAGACUCCUCCAACAUACUUGUAUCAAAUGUUUAGAUGUAUUGUGAUUUUUUCUAUCUAGACCACACCUAAAAUAUGCAGGAAAUUUUCAAAGUAUUUGAGCAUAGUUGAUUGAGUUUUUGUAUCUUAAUAGUUAAUAGUGUGGUUGGGGUGUCAUAGGAAUUCUAUUUCUGGGAUCCUCCUGCAUUUUGGUGUAUAUCCAUAUGAGGUAGCCCUUUGUUUCUCUAUUUCUAACUCUGCCUGUAAAUACAUGUGCACAUUUAACCAUCUUUUGCUCUUAUUUCCGUUAUAUAUAUAAACAAAAUUCAAUACUCCAA